GGAGAAUCCACUCACUCAAGGUAGUUCCUCCAUGUCCCCGCCAGAUUCACGCAGCCCUCCACCUCCUUCAAGCGCUGCUGAGACAGCCUACCUCAGCCUGAUGCGCGCCGCGCCCUCCUCCGCGGACCGACUCACACUCAAGCCCGAGACCCUAGACGACAUCUACGCGCAGCUGCGCGCGGUCGAGCCGGGUUUCCUCAUCGGCGAAUGGACGGGCGGUGAUUUCCCCGAGCUGGGGCACCCCGUCAGCGCCAGUCUCACGCAGAUCCGGUGGGCGGGGAAGAGCUUCUACAGCGCGGAGGACGUCGUGCCGAUCGUCGUGUACGACGCGCAGGGGAGCAGGACGCCUGCUUUGGAGCCGUAUGGCAAGGCGAGGAUCCGCGAAGUCAAGUUCCGGGGCGUUGUGUCUGCCGCGAUGGUGUACGACAUCCUUGCGAUCAUCGACCAUUUCCGCUAUGUUGACGAGAACACCGUCGCGGGAGUCAUGGACACCAAAGAUGCGCCGCCCGGAUAUCACUUCUACUUGAAAAGACUCGACGCGAAAAGCCGUCUGUAGGAACUGUG